AUGUCCCUCAUGUCAAAUGCAGAGCCAAUGCAGAACAAGCCCAUCCUGGCGUUUCACAACUACUUGGGGGCAAACAUCACGCAGACCGCGGAACACAACCAACCAGAACGCUCGCGACUUAAGCAUGUAGCUGCACUUCGCAUUCCAACCUCGCUGGCACGUACACUCUGGGCUGACUUCCCGACCCGAGCUGCACGCCUACAUCUCACACAUAUGCAGUCCCCGAGUCUCGACGAGCAUGUGCUCACGUUCAAGAUGCUGCGCCCUGGAUCAGCGGAUACACAGUCGCCGUUACCAGACGAUGUUCGCGCUGGAAUCGUAGCAAUUUCCGCUGCAGCCAUCGUCUCCGCCGUCUCGUCAUCUGGCCUUCUUGCAUAUCUGGGCUACAGAGUCCUCACCUGGAAGCAUCGCUCAUAUGCUCGCAUCAACCAAUACGUGGCACUGCUCCUCAAUCUCGUGCUGUCCGAUGUACAGCAAGCCGUCGGAUUCAGUCUCGGCACUCAGUGGCUGCGAAAAGAUGGCAUCUUUGCUCAGACUCCGACCUGCUGGGCGCAGGGCUGGCUUCUGAACGCUGGCGAUGUGGGCAUCGCUCUCUUCACACUCGCACUGGCGGUCCAUCUAUUCGCCGAUGUGGUCUUCGACAAGCGAUUGUCCUAUGCCCCAUUCCUGUUCAUGAUCGUCAGCCUCUGGACCUUCGCCUAUUUCCUUUCCACCAUUGGAGUCGUCAUCCACCCUCGGGAUUUCUACAUGAGAGCAGGAGUCUGGUGCUGGAUCAACGAGAAAUACCUCAUGGACCGACUUUGGAUCCACUACAUCUGGCUCAUCCUGACUCAAGCCACUGUAAUCAUCGUUUACACCCUCAUGUUUGCUAUUCUCUGGCGCAGAGUCAGGUCAUUCUUCUACUCGACCCCGGACACGCGAAUGCGAGCAGAAUCAGCCGCCCGAAGCAUCAUCAUGUACCCCAUUGCAUACGUCGCAUGCACUUUACCUGCCGUCAUUGCGCGACUGAAGAUAAUGGCUGGAGGAGACGUUGGGUACGCUGAGCUGACCGUUGCCGGAUUCCUGCUGGCUUCAAACGGCUGGAUCGACGUGCUGCUCUAUACCGUGAGUCGUCGAACGCUCAUCUUCGGACCUGCCAUCACUAAAGAGCAAGUCGGAGGCCUGGACACCUUCACGAUCUGGAACGAGCCUGAGAUGCUGCCUGGAAAGAUGGAAUUGUUCAGUCGAAGCCGUGACAGCACUGCAGACAUGGACCUGCCCCGUGCGACAUCGGACAGUGGACAGCGUCUGUCAGAAGUUGAAGCCAAUGCCGGUUUUGGAAGGCAGACUAGCUCCGCAGUACCAGUCAACGCGGCUCACGACGACAGAGACUCGAUAUUACCCGUCAGACGCGUAUCGAUUCUCUCCGAAGACGGGAGACUGAAGGCAUGUCGAAGCUUUGCUGAAUUCGAGAGGAACUGUCCAACCUUGCAGAAAUUGGAAGAGGACACAAUCUUCGUCAGCGGAGUCAGGAAACAAGAUCUCGCAAGUGAAUUUGCGUUCAUCUUCUCAGCCAUACAGCGCGGUUUGAUCAAUUCCAUCCGGAUGCCAAAUACGCCAUAUCCAACUAAGGCAUCGCCAAGUCGCCCGCCCAUACGGUACAAGACGCCGAUGAGCAUCUACCCACAUACACACACCGGGACACACCAAAACCCUCCGGUCGCCACCAUCGCCUUAUGCAUGGUGUUCAACCGCCGUGGACUUGAUCGGGAUCUUGCAAGUCGGUCACGAAUCGAGACUUUGGUGGUUCCGCAACGUCAAGAAACCACACGAGACGCUGCUCAAUCUCCUGAUCGAUCGCAUAGGGAGCAGCAAGAAGCUACGGAGUACUUCCAUUAUAAUCACUUCCAAGUUCUCACUUCAAUAAUCAAUCCCAUACCAAAAUUCGCCUUGCCACUCCCACAUAUAAUCUAUUCCAACAACAAAUCUUUCUUCUUCUUCUCAUCAACCCUACUUUUUAGGCAGAAGUUCGGGUAUGCAUGCAUAUUUAUCCAGAUCUCGCGUGUGGAAAAAUAA